AAACAGCUGUUUGUGGUCAAAGACCCCCCAUAAAAAUUAAAUGCAAAAGAUAUAAAGUCUGCCUUCUGCGAAAGUAACCAAAGAACGUGCUUAAAAACAAGGAUUGCUAGCCAAGUAAACCGAGGGAAAAUGGAAUCGGAUACGCUGGAUAAUGAAAGUGCUGCGGCGGCCCUGAAAAAGCUAUCGCAAAGUGAAAGUCCCGAAAGUACGAAGAAAUGGGUGCCGACGUCUGUUGACGAGGGGGUGGCGGAGGGGGAUGGGGCACCGCCAACAAAGAGACAAAAGACUGCAGACGAAAAAAAGGAGAAUCCGGAGAAGAAUCUGAAGGAAAACCGGGAGGAGGAGGAGGAGAGCGAGAACAGCGAAGAUCUGGAUGAUGAUGACGAGGAGCAGGAGGAGGAUGAUGAUGAGGAAGUUCCCUUACUAAUCCCCGCCAGGGAAACUCCCCAAAAUCCCACCCAAAACAGUCUGAGGAACUUCCAGCGCAUCCCUGUUUUCAUCGUGGACUAUCACAACGAUGUCCUGGAGUUCAUCUAUCGCUGCCUGGCCACCCGUCAUCUUCCCCUGGCGAACAACACCCUCGUGCACUUCGAUUCCCAUCCGGAUCUGGUUAUACCCCGACAUAUAGCCGCCAGUUCGGCCUACGAAAAGGACACCAUGCUCAACGAACUGAGCAUCGAAAACUGGAUCAUGCCCACUCUAUAUGCAGGUCAUUUCAACCGAGUGGUGUGGCUCAAAAAUUCGUGGUGCCAGCAGCUGCCCACUGGCAGGCAUGACUUCAAAGUUGGUCAAAAGGAGGACCGAAUUGGCGUGGACUGUCCGCUGGACUACUUUAUAGCCGAUGGCAACUACUGCACCACCGAAGAUCUCCAGGAUGUGAAGAGCGUGGAGCUGCAGGUUCACGAUGCAGACAACGAAAGUCUCAAUCCCAAUGAUUUCCUAACGGAGGAGGAUGCCAAGGGAUUUGUACUGGACAUAGACCUGGAUUUCUUCAGCACCUCCAAUCCCUUUUUAGAGAUCUACAAGGAUGCGGAUUGCUACAAUCAGCUGAAGGAGAUCUUUCAUUUCGAAAGCGUGGAGAAGGUGAAAAAGUCGGGUACUGCCACCAUAGCCGAUUAUUUGGCCACGGCGGACAGGCGACAGACGCAGUUGGAGGCACUGAAGGCGAUUUUCUGGCAUUUGGAAGAGGAGCGCAAUCUCGAGGGUUUGGAGAAACCAGAUGAGACUGUGGUUACCCCGGAAGUUUAUGCCAGGAUUGUUAAACUGGCGGAGCAGCUGCAGGAAAAGUAUCCAGAUGACGAGAUCGACUGGCAUUUGAUCUUCGAUUCGGGCAGCACCACCGACAAUAAUGGCUUGCCCCACCACAUCAGCACCGCCGAAGAGUUGGAGACGUACUUUGCGAACUUCAAGAGAUUCAUAGAGCGACUACCAGUUCCACCGGUGGCCAUUACGAUGGCCCAUUCCGCUCAGGACGACUAUUGCCCCCAGGAUCAGGUGGCAUUCAUCGAGGAACGCGUUCUACGGCUGCUACGCGACGUCUUUGGCGACAGACUGCAUGAGAAAGCCAUUCUGCACUACAUGGACGAUCCAUGGGACGUGAUGAAGCUCUAAGCUAAUUAAUAUCUAGGGGUUUUCGCACCCGCCAUCUCGAAUUGGUUAACGAUUUUACAAAACUCUCUUGGGUGGGAAAGCCCCGCAAUUAGGAGAUCCCAGUAGUAACUUAAAGAUCGAAAAUCCAAUUACGAUUAUAACAAUAUUUUUUACUUUUAAAUAUACGCAACGUAUUUAUUACAGACAAA